AACAGGACUCCACUUGUUAAGUAUUGAAUAUAUGCCUUUUUCUUUUCUUAGUAUUUUCUUCUUUUGACAAGGUGCAUGCUUUCCGAUUUUGCUAUUACUGUGCUAGCUAGGGCUAAUUUCUUACCAUAAAAGUUCUUCUCACCUCAGCAAAGGGUUUCUCUAAUACUCUUGCUUUAUAAUUUUGGUUUUUAGGCUUUGAGUUGCUCAUAAUAUAUGGUUUUGUUAAUCUUUCGAGGUUAAAUUGUAUUUUGAAGGUCAACAACUAAAAGUAGAUCGAUGAGGAUGGUGAGACAGAAAACUCAGAUCAGAAAGAUAGAGAACUUAGCAGCAAGGCAAGUGACCUUCUCAAAGAGGAGAAGAGGCCUUUUUAAAAAGGCUCAAGAGUUGUCUACCCUUUGUGAUGUUGAUGUUGCUCUCAUCGUCUUCUCCGCCACCGGAAAACUCUUUCACUACUCCUCCUCAAGUAUUAAUCAAGUGCUAGAAAGGCGUGGACUGCUGCAAUCCAAGAACGGUGAAGAACCACAACAAACAUCUCAGGAGAUGCAGGCCGAACUUAAAAGAUCUGCCAUCUUGAGCAAAGAACUUGCAGAAAAAUCCUCUGAGUUGAGGCAAAUGAAAGGAGAAGAUCUCCAGGGACUUAACCUCAAAGACCUAAACAAAUUAGAGGGCAUUAUUGAAUCUGGAUUGGCUGCAGUAGUAAAAACAAAGGGUGAAAGAAUGUGGGAAGAGAUCAGCACUCUCAAGAAGAAGGAAGCUCAAUUGCUGGAAGAGAACGCACGCUUGAAACAACAAUUGUUGAUUAUGGACACAGGUGUUGGUGAAACGGAUACUCAAGAUCACCGGAGCCAUCACCAUUCAUUAACGUUAACAAUUAGCAACCUGAGCUCAAGGGAUCCUUCUCACAGCAACAAUUUCAGCAACUCAGAUACCUGCCUUAAACUUGGGUUACCUUUUUCUAACUGAAUCGAACAAGGAUGAAUUCAAAGAUAUUCAUCAUGUGACACAAGGUAUUGGCCGGCUGAUGUUUGCUUUUAUAUAAUCUCUCAUAGAUUCUUGUAUUUGAUGAAAGUACAGCCAAAAUAGUUUAAGGAUGGUAAAGUUGUGCUUCUUUUCAUGAAAUAAUUGAACCUAUGUGCUUUUUAAGAAGUUGUGAUUUAAAGUUCCUA